UAAAGAACCCUGGGUGCCUGACUGGAUAGAUGUGUCACAUCCAGCCAUAGGAGAGUCCAAGAGGGAGGCCAGUUCUGAUUGCUGGCAUGGACUGGAGGGUUCUGUAGAGGAAGUGUCCCAGUUUGAGACUUGUAAGGCCUGGUUGAAGGCCUAUUCCUGUGAUAUGUGUGACCCAGUCUUGAAAAACAUUUUGCACCUUGCUGAACAUGAGGGAACACAACUUGGACAGAAGACAUAUACAUGUGAGGCAUGUGGCAGAAGCUUCAGGAUCAGUAUGAACCUUCACCAGCCAAAGGAGCACAGUGUUAAGAAGCACUUCAUGUGCUGGGCAGAUGAGAAUGUCCAAGAAGGCCAUAAUGUCCAGCACCAGGCCACCAGCAGCAAAGGGAAGUUGUGCAGGAACACCCAACACAGGGCAGUCUUCCCAUCAGGCAGCCAUGGGCAGCAGCAGGGCAUCUGUAGUACACAGAAGUCUUUCAAAUGCAGUGACUGUGGAACAAGCUUCCAGAAGGCCUUUACUAUCCUUGACCACCUGAUAACUCACUCUGAAGAGAAACACUUCAGAUGCCCAACAAGGGGAAAUGGCCCCAAGGAGAACUUAAAUCAUGUUAAUGACCAAAAAUUUCACACUGAAAGACCAUCUCAUAUAUGUAAGAAAUGUGGGAAGGCCUUCACCUACCUAUUUAAACUGAGAUCGCAUCAGAAAGCUCACACUGGAAAGUCAUGUCAUACUUGUAGCAAAUGUGGCAAAGCUUUCACCCGCAAACACUCGGUGGUUCUGCACCAAAGGGUUCAUACUGGUGAAAGGCCUUAUGAGUGCGACCAGUGUGGGAAAGCCUUUGCUCACAGCUUCCAAGUUCUUCGGCAUCAGGUAGUUCACAGCACAGAAAAGCCUCAUGAAUGCAAACAGUGCCGGAGAGUCUUUCGUUGCAUCUCUAACUUUGUCAAACACCAGAAAAUACACAAUGGAGAAAGGCCUUAUCAAUGCAAUCAGUGUGGGAAAGCCUUCAUUGACAGGUCCCACCUGAUUCGUCAUGAGAAACUUCAUAACACAGAAAGGUCUUUUGAGUGUAGUGAAUGUGGGAAAUCCUUCCGACAAACCUCCAAGCUUGUUCAGCAUCAAAGGACUCACACUGGAGAAAGACCUUAUAAGUGCAACCAGUGUGGGAAAGCCUUCAGUUGCCUCUCCAACCUUGUUCCACACCAGCGAAUUCAUACUGGAGAAAAGCCUUAUAAAUGUUCAAAAUGUGGAAAAGCCUUCAUUCAAAGCUCUGCUCUCACUCAGCACCAGAAGGUUCACACUGGAGAGAGGCCUUACAAAUGCAGUGAAUGCGGGAAAGCCUUCAGUUAUAGGUCUAACCUUGUUAAGCACCAGAAAGUUCACACUGGAAAGAAGCUGUAUGAUUGCAGCUGGUGUGGGAAAGCCUUUACUGAAAGCUCCAUCCUCAGUCAGCACCAGAGAAUCCACACAGGAGAAAGGCCUUAUGAUUGCAGUAAGUGUGGAAAAGCUUUCCGCUUUAUCUCUAACCUAUCCAAGCACCAAAAGGCUCAUGCUAGAGAUGAGCAUUCCAAAUACACAGGACAUGGGAACACCCUCGGGCUUUCUUCUGCUGCAUUGUAAAAGCACUACUCAUGAGAACACUUAGGUGAGGAGAACUUUUCUAAGGAAGCCAUCAGACAAAAGAUGUAACUUACCUCCCAACAUCCCUCACCGGGAGAAGUACCUAUCAGUAGUGCCAAAAACCUGGAAAGCUCUGAGGAGCCUUGUUAGUUACACGUUCUAUUCAGUCCAUGUCCUUUGUCGAUUGUGUCACUAUCCUGUCAUCUCACCUCUAGCUGGAAGGCCUCACAGUGUGUGCCUGACAUACUCAGGGAAGGCAGUGCCUGUGCUCUUGUUCCCUGGAAGUAGUGACGGGAGUCCUCUGGGGUCAUCUCAGUCUCUGCUUCUCUCCCCUAUCCCCACUGGCAUAGGCUCUGCCCUGACCUAGGUCUCUCCAAGCGGACCCAGAGUCUGCUAAUGACAUCCAGAGCUUUCUUUUCCAAAGACUUGAGUCUCCAGAUGACAUCUGCAGUAGAUUGUCUAGCCUCUAAAAGACUCAACCUUGAAUCCACUUGCCUCCAGAGAGUGAUAAUAAAAGCUUUACUGUUAAAACCAUC